CAAUGUGAACCGAUCAGAAAGCGCGCUGCCAGAAACUGCAGUUGAGAAACUAAACAUGUACGCGUAUGUGAAAUACCUCGAUGGCGAAAAAUCGAUUUUGCCGGUAACUUUGAUAAAAAAGUUUAGACCGGCGAGUAUCGACGACCUCGAUCCCACAGUCGUGAAGCUCGCCUACUGGCGCUCGGAGGCGGGCGAAGAGGAAAAUUACUAUCCGGCUAAUAUUACGAUGCUCGGAGAGACCAAAAAAGAUCUGAUCAAGAAGAUGCAAGCUGCCCGCCUAGCAAUUCCCGUCAUUAUUGAGAAUACUGAAGUUCGACCAAGAGUACCAAAAAAGCAGAAGAGAGAUGGUCCCAAGGUUCCUAACAGUGGCAAGGGGAAAGGGCCACAGCCAGCAAAGCCUGAGGAGAGAAUGAACCCUCUUCAGAGCCAGCUGGAGGAGGAAAAUGCGGCCUUGCGGGCAGAGCUCGUGGUAAUGCAGGGGGAGUUCCUGGUCGAGCGGCAGCUGACAAGGAGGCUGCAGGAAGCUCUCCUGGACAGGAUCGACCUGCUGGUUACCCGCCCAGCCGUGCUGCCUGGAGUGGAGAUUAUUCCCGAGGCUUCCUGUUUCUCAGACUCAUUUGUUGAGACUACAGGUGACUCCGCCAGCCCAACACCAUCAGUCUUGGUACCACCAUACCUGGCACAGCCACCCCUAGUCCCCCCACUGGCUUUGGCACCAGAAGCACCAGUACCGCAAGCCCUGGCACCGCCAGUCCUGCCUCAGCCAGUUCCACUACGGCCAAUCCUGCCACCACUAGUCCCCCCACAACUAGCUUCGGCAGAACAAGCACCAGUACCGAAAGCCCUGCCACCGCCAGUUCUGCCACAACCAGUUCUGCCACAACCAGUCCUGGCUCCACAAGCCCCAGCACCACCGCUUCUGGAACCGCCAGUCUUGGCGGAUCCAGAAAUCGAAGUACAAGAGCAAGUGCCAGCCGCACCGCCAGCCCAGGAAGAGCCUGUAGUGCUUCCCGGCAAUGCUGCUGAAGUUCAGCCAUUUCUGGAGCCCGGUGACAUGGAAGCACUGAUGGAUGCAGGCACGGACUCCAUAUUCGUUCGGGACAUCUGCAGAGCGCUAUGGCCGGAUAACCUGAGGAACAGAAGCCUCACAGACCCCUGCCGUCGUCUUUUGAAAAGUGGCGCAUUGGGAAGGCAAGCCCUGACUCCUCAAAAACUGAAAUAUAUUCGCCGUGCCCUCGCAGCAUACAUCGAGAGGAACCCGUCACCAGUUGUGUCGGCCGCCCUGAGACUUGGUCAGCUCAACACGCACAUCCGGAGGCUGCUGGGAGACGAGAACAGAAAGCACCACUGAGCAGCAGCAGCAGCAGAUUUUAUACUCCGUGACAACAGUUGCGUGCAGUACAGGCAAAGGCAACGCCAAGCGAGGGGAGAAAGGGCAAGUAAUAAGAAGGCUGGCUAGGAGGAGAGAAUACUCUUUUCUUGAACGUUCCUAGUGCUGUCCCUUUGUCCCCUCAUCCUCCUUCGCCCUCCUCUCCCGUCCCGCCUUCCUAGUGUUCGCCCUUUCUCUCUUUGCCUGGUGUUGCGUUCGCCUGCACUGCACACAGCUACAGAGUAUAACUGCACUUUUAUUGGAAUUAACUUUCUGUUGCUUUUUUACUAAAGCAUUUUUUUAUAUUUUUAGUAACGGAGUGUCACAUCUCAAGCUGAGUUCUUGUUUUUAAUGUAUCUUUUCUAAAAAAAAAAAAAAACUAUGCUCAUUUAAUUUGGCACAUAUAUUCUACAUGUUACUGGCUUUGAACUGAACCGAAAAGAAAAUAAAUAUGAGCAUGCAGCAUGCAAGAAAAAAAAUAGUUUUCUAGUCAUAAGCCAUUAGGGGAAAACUUUUAUAUUUAAAAUUUUUUUACGUUAUAGUGUAGUGAAUUCUUAAAACAUUUCGGUUCAAACUAUUGGCAAAAUAUUUUAUUAUAAGGUGUAAAAGUUCUAGUGUAAUCGGAUAAGUAGUUUCUUAGUCAAGGUAUAUUAAAUUUAUAAAAAUGUCAUUUUGGGAGCGCUGAUUUUGGUGCCAUAUGCAAGUGGCUUGGGACGCUCACUCACUCUUGUUGCUUGCUUGUUUUGUUCCUUAGACUGCACAUAAUGUUUUAACACUAAAACUGCAAAAUCAGUUUGAGCUAGAGGCAGCAAAUGUUUGGAAUAUACAUUUAUAAUUCUAGUCUUUCAUAUUUUUAAGUCACUAUAGAAAAGCAAACAUUUUUAAUAUAUUUGUAACCAUCUCGUCGUUUAGGUUUUUAUGGCAAGAGGCAAAGCUCUUAAUAUAGUGUAUG